CAGGUGAGGCUUUCAUCUGCUGUCAAGCAUAAUGGUCGUAGCACCAUGCUCUGCUGUGUUUUGUUGCCAGUGCAUAAAGUGGAUGGCAUAAUAAAGGAGGACUACCUCCAAAUACUUCAACUUCACCUCAAAUCAACAGCUAGAGGCUUGAAACUUUGACACAGCUGGGUGUUCCAACAGGACAAUGACCCCAAACCCAUCAAAACUGGUUUUGAAUGCAUAAAGCAGUCUAACAUGGAGCAUCUGGACUGGCCUCCCCAAAGCCCCGACCUUAAACCUAUUAAAAACUUUUGGUCUAUACUUAAAAGCUGAAUAUGAGCCACAAAACCAACCAAUUUAAAUUAACUUUGUUUCCAAGAAGUGUGGUCAAAUAUCCAGCCAGAUUUAUGUCAGAAGCUGAUCUCUACCAAAAGAGUCUGGCCGAGACUCGCCAUCACCAGUGUGUGAAUGUGUGUGUGAAUGGGUGAAUGACUGAAUGUAGUGUAAAGCGCUUUGGGGUCCUUAGGGACUAAGUAAAGCGCUAUACAAAUACAUGCCACUUACCAUUUAAUCAAAUAUUAUAUGGGUUAUAUGUCAUCAUUGAAGACGCUGAUUUCUGUAAUAAACGUUUUCAAUUUAAAAUAUGUUAUUAAAAGAAUAUUUUCUAAGUCAGGAUAAAAAGGAAUAUCAUUCUUUGACUUUAAAUAGAACAGAUGAUUGCAAAAUAGGAUGUGGAUUAUUUACUUUUUGGUUGAGAGUCAGUCCACUCGUGACAUGGUGAACGGCCUGCAGGCCAGGAAAAUCAACCUGCUCUUACUGACAUUAGAGGAAAUAAUAUUUGACCAUUUUUAUUAAGGACAGAAGGGUUUUGUCACUUUUGUAGUAAGAACAGGACCCAACGCAGGACUUUUCCAAAAAGUGACAGUGAAUUUAUUUACAGUGAAGAAAGGUAAACAACAACGUGGCAAUCCCCACACCGUGGCUCCCAUGGCGAUUUCUCUAAAAUCCCACAUUCGUGCGUGUCCUUGGCGUGAAUCAUGAAACUCCAAAUCCCAAACUGUACAGUGGCCCCGCUCCUGUGAAACACUCCAUUAACAAAUCCUGGCAAGACAAGACACACACAAAGUCUUCACUAUGAGGCCGGGGAUGUACUGCUGAGUAAACUCAACGAUCCAGGGUUGCCUGAAGCUCAGCCCCACAGUUAAGAGGGAGACUGCACGUAAUGAUAAUCAGCUGAUAAGCAGACACAUGGGCGGGGCGACCAGCGAGGGCAGCCAGCUCAAGAUAAACCCAAGAAAUACUGACAAGCCCAAAAAACACAUGAACCCUGGGUCUGGCCAUGACAGGUUUUCGUCCCAGCUUUGAGAUCCUUGAGCUAACUUGUUGAAGCAGACAUGGAGAGCGACUCUGAAACACACAGUGGUGAAGAUACUACUCCAGAUGACUGUCCUGCUGCCAGUCCUGCUGCUACACAGAAACCCUCAGAAGAAGAGGAUUUUAAACUGUCCCUGAUCACCUGGAAUGUGGACGGGCUUGAUUUGGAAAAACGUCCAGAGCGUUCCAGAGGCCUGGUUAAAUAUUUAAACUUACACAACCCUGAUGUGGUGUUCCUGCAGGAGCUCGUUCCUUAUGUCCAGUUCUUGAAGGAACAGCUCGUCAACUACCUGAUGAUUGAAGGUGGUCGGAACGGUUGCUUCACAGGGAUGUUGCUGAAAAAGUCACGAGUCAAACUUGUGGAGAGCGAGAUGGUAGCUUAUCCCACCACUAAGAUGAGGAGGAACCUGCUGGUCGCUCAGGUGAUCGUCAACGGUCAGAAGCUGUGCCUGAUGACAUCCCACUUUGAGAGCUGUAAGGAAAAUACUGCAGAGCGGAUGAAACAGCUGCAUGUGGUGAAGCGGAGGUUGAAACAUGCACCUGAUGAUGUCACCGUUGUGUUUGGGGGAGACACAAACCUGAGGGAUGCGGAGGUGACCAAGGUGGGCCUGCCUGCAACUGUCUGUGAUGUGUGGGAGCGACUGGGCAAACAGGAGCACUGCCGCUACACGUGGGACACCUCUGCCAACAACAACAAAACUUUUCCCUUUGUCGCUCGCUGCCGCUUUGAUAGAAUCUACUUCCGCCCGGCCAUCAGACGUGGAAUCCCACGUCUGGCCCCUGAUCACAUGGCCUUGGUGGGGCUGGAGAAGCUGGACUGUGGCCGCUACUCUAGUGAUCACUGGGGAAUCUACUGCACCUUCUCAGCUGAAUAGAACUACACAAAACAACCAAAAACAUGACAGUUAAGCAUUUUAUUUUAGAUCAGCCGCUCUUUAAAUGACUGUAACACUAUGCAGGAAGAUGUUCCUCACUUUAUUUUAAUCAGUUUUAUCCUCUAAUGUGUGUCUGCUUAAGUGUUUUAUGUGGUUAAAAUGACAAAUUAAAAUAUGAAAAGUA